UCAACAAAAAAGUUGAUUCGAGGGAGGCCAUCGAACGAACAGCAAAGCAGCUAAACAAAAAAAAUCGCAUAGAAGAAAUAGGUGCAAGCGAAGACACUACACACACGAAUACUGAAAAAGGAAAAAGCAAUAUGGAAAGUCCAUGUGAAUCGGAGAGCUCAUUGGAUGGUGGUACUAUGUUGCCACCCAGUCCCGUCUCUAGGGAACAAUUACAAAAGCGUAUUGAAUCUUUAACUCAACAGAAUAAGGUUUUAAAAGCCGAACUGGAUACAAUGAAAAUAAAAUGUAAGGUUGUACAGGAAGAAAAUCGUACUCUAAAACAAGCAUCCGUGAUAAUUCAAGCCAAGGCUGAACAGGAGGAGGAAUAUAUUUCAAAUACAUUGUUAAAGAAAAUCCAAGCCUUGAAAAAGGAAAAGGAGACCUUAGCUCAUCAUUAUGAACGGGAAGAAGAAUGUUUGACAAAUGAUUUAUCCAGAAAAUUAGAUCAGUUGCGCCAAGAAAAAUGCAAACUGGAACAAACCCUGGAACAGGAACAAGAAUGUCUGGUCAAUAAGUUAAUGAGAAAAAUUGAAAAACUACAAGCUGAAACAGAUAAUAAGCAGACCAAUUUGGAACAGUUGCGACGAGAAAUGGUCGAAUUGGAAAAUACAUUGGAACAAGAACAGGAAGCCUUGGUCAAUAAGCUAUGGAAACGUAUGGAUAAAUUGGAAACGGAAAAACGCUUGCUGCAAAUUAAAUUGGAUCAACCGGUUUCGGAUCCAACAACACCACGUGAUAUUACGAAUGCUAAUGGAGAUACUGCAUCCAAUCUUAGCUCCCACAUACAAACCUUACGGUCGGAAGUAAUACGUCUACGUUCCAAUUUGGCAGCUGCCGAAGAGGAGACAGCUAAGAAACUGCAACAGUUUGCCCAAGAAGAGAAAUCGAUUCGAGAAGAGAAUGCGCGCUUGCAGCGUAAACUGAAGCAGGAGGUGGAAAGGCGUGAAGCCUUGUGUCGUCACCUUUCGGAAUCGGAAUCAUCGUUGGAAAUGGAUGAGGAACGUUUUUAUAAUGAGAAUAUCUUGGCAACUGGGGCACCACUAACAAGUGCCGCCUUAAAUGCUCAUCGUCAGCGUACUAUCAGUAGUCCAGUGUCACAUAGCCCAUCAAGUAGUCGUCCAUUGAGUCCAGGAAAUUCACAGCACAAUCGUUGUUAUGCAUGUGGUCAAGUUGUGAAUCGUCGUGCUAGUGAACGUUUUAUAAAACCAGCACUGCCAACUCCAAUGCUAGGUCUCAAUACCUCAGCACCAAAUGUGUUGUCGGGGUCGACUGGCGUUGGUGGUCCAUCUGUUGUUGGUGGUCUAUUCUCAUCAUGUUCCUCAAAUGCUGCUGCAGGCCCCCCACCAUCAGGGUUUCUUAACAGCAAUGAACGUUUGUCCUUUACCUCGGCAUCCCUGUUAAGUAACAAUACCAACAACACAUCAAGUGGAUCUUCCAACAGCACUCAAGCAUUCAACAUCAAUACGUCCAAUUCAAGUGUGAAUAGCAACAGCAAUUCGGCAUUCACACCCACAAAUCCAAGUGGUGGCACUUUUGCUCAACCAGCCAGUCCCAUGGACACUUCAACAUGCAAAGACUAA